AUGGCACACCCAAAAUUCCAUAUUGCGCUGGACGGCCCAGCCGACAGCAAUUUUUCCUCGUUUCCCAGUACCGAUUUGGAGAAUGGUGAUCCUUCAAAGAUUAAACUCCAAAUGAUUCGUGUCAAAAGUGGCGUGUCACCUAAACUUCACUUUUCUACGGAUGGCAAAAACCGGAUCUCUGAUGAUACGACCUUGGAAUACUACAUUUCAUUGACAGAAUCAAAUAGCUCGAAGUUCUCAAAACCUGCUACCCCCACCAAUGGCACGGGAAAUAGCGGUGCCGCUGGAAAUGGUGCAACUGCUGGAACAAGCUCUGGAAGCAACACCGAGAAUACGGGCAAUGCUGGAAAUUCUGGCAAUGCCGCCCCUCCCACGACUACCGUACCCACCAUCAUUAUACGGGUGAUAUCCAAUGCGGAAAAGGAUAAACCGUCUCUCGUUGCUCAACCGACGUUGCAAAAGGCCCUGAAAGACUUCUUGAAUGAACACGACGAUAAGAAUGGAGUGAAGCUAGGGAAGAUGCUGUCAAUUCCACCGGAGAUGCGUCAGCUUGCGGGUCUGCAAGGAAAUUGGGCUGCUACUGCAGGCAAAGCAGGCUUAAAAGAGCCAGGAGAUUUGACUGAACAGGAGUGGGAUAGAGUGUUGACUAACAAUCGGGCUCUGCAUGGGUAUACAUAUAAUGCUAAACUGGGUACUCUCGUGCGAGCUCCAAGACGAGCGUUUGAAAUUCGCCCUGAAAUACAGACAAGCGGCGAUAAAAAAGCAAUUCUUCCUGGAAUUCCUCCAUUUUACGUUCACGAUGACGCGCAAGUAACGGUAACAGAAGUUCAGACAGCAUUCCAGUCUACCAUGGCGAACGAAGGUUUUUCUUCAACUGCAGUUGAAGCCAAUUUGGGUGCUGCACCGUUUGGCUCGGCUGCUUCUGCAUCUGUCGCAUGGGACACGGAGAAUUCUUACGCAAAGCAGAAGGCACAGUCGCGCAGGGUUGAUUCUCUGGACGUAGCGUACAAAUUUCCACGAGUGGUUGUCGAACUGGACCCGGACUGUUUGCAAUUGACUGCGCAGUGUCGAAAAGACGCCAUGAAUGUAUCAGAUGAGGCCGGAAGAGAUAAGUUUUACAAGAAAUACGGUAAUGUCUUCAUCAGCACCUUUACUUUAGGUGGAUAUUUGCACAGUACCCGGCAUCUCACCGAGGAAGAAAAGAGCAGCCUUGACCAGACCAAGGAGAAGACUCGUGUUGCUGCAGGGUUUAGUUUUUCUACGCCCAAGGCUAGCGGAGGCGCGAGCUUUUCCAAGGUGGAUUCCAAGACCGACACAGAAGGCCAGAACUCCAUGAAUCAAGCGUUGCGCCUGACUUGGGAAGCUCGCGGUGGCGACACACUUUUGUGCUCCAACCCUCCUGCAUGGGCCAAUACGGUAAAGGAUUUCAACUCGUGGCGACUCAUGGAACAACGCCAAGCCGUUAGCAUGCGCUUUCUGAUCCGUGACGUCGAUACAAUCGCAUACGAAAACCUCGUUAAACCUUCCAAACAGAACAAUCAGGGGCGAGAUCCAUUCAAGGAUGAGAAAUUCCUUGAUGAUAUCCGUGACAUGCUUCUGGAAGCACUGAGCAACCCAGAGACGAAUGCAUUGGCCAGAAGGAUGCAAGACUUCUACGAGGGUGAUAAGUUCAAUCUCGAGGCCUACCACGCCUUCCUCAAAGAGAUUGAUGAUGAAGAGCUUGCCAUUAAAAAAGAUAUAAAGUGGACCGCCCUUGCCACGGAGCAACAACAAGGUGUUGGCUUGUGGAUGGUGAAGUUGGGGAUUAUUAAAGUGUGA